GUAAGCAGAUGAAAGGUUAUUAUCCUGAAGACAAAGUUUUCAAGCAUGUGGGACAAGAGCAAAGUGGAUGCUAAAAUUCAAUAAAUAAAUAAGGGAAGAAAGAUGGAAAUCAUAAGGUUUUUAAAUGAAUGGAGAGAGGAAUUUGAUAAAAAAUGCUGUCAGAAAUUCAAUAAAAGAUGGAUCCAGAAAGAAGUGUCUGCAGCCAUGAUUAUCUUUCCACCUCCCUUGUCCAAACUUUUGGUAAUGAGAAUAUACAAAAGCAUUGGGUUUUUCUGAAACUUGAUGUCAAAAGUGCAUUUCCUCUUCUUUAUCUUUCCAGACAAAGUAAGCAUAUUGUCAACCUUCCUCGCUCCCUUCAAGUACCUAAGUCCUGGCACCACAAACACGGAGGAUGAAGACAAUCUAAGUACCAGCAGUGCUGAAGUGAAGGAAAACCGAAACGUGAGCAACCUGGGGACUAGGCCCCUACCCCCUGGAGACUGGGCCAGAGGCAGCACGCCCAGCAUUAAAAGGAAAAGGCCACUGGAGGAAGGAAAUGCAGGGCAUUUCUGCAAACUCCAGCUGAUCUGGAAGAAGCUCUCCUGGUCUAUGACACCCAAGAAUGCACUGGUCCAGCUGCAUGAGCUGAAGCCAGGUCUGCAGUACCGGAUGGUGUCACAAACGGGCCCAGUACAUGCCCCAGUCUUUGCGGUGGCUGUAGAAGUGAACGGGCUCACGUUUGAAGGCACGGGGCCCACUAAGAAGAAAGCCAAGAUGCGGGCAGCCGAGAUGGCCCUGAAGUCCUUCGUGCAGUUCCCCAACGCAUUCCAGGCCCACCUGGCCAUGGGCACUAGUACCAGUUCAUGCACUGACUUCACCUCUGACCAGGCCGACUUCCCAGACACGUUGUUCAAGGAGUUUGAACCAUCCUCAAGAAAUGAGGACUUCCCAGGCUGUGGUCCCGUCGACACUGAAUUUCUGUCCUCCGCCUACCGGCGAGGACGGCUACUCUACCACACACUGGACCUCAUGGGCCAGGCUCUGCCUGACAGGUCCAGGCUGGCCCCCGGGGCCCUGGGUGAGAGGAACCCUGUAGUGGUGCUGAAUGAGUUACGCUCAGGUCUGCGGUAUGUGUGCCUCUCGGAAACAGCCGAGAAGCCCCGAGUCAAGAGUUUUGUCAUGGCUGUGUGCGUGGACGGGAGGACGUUCGAAGGCUCUGGACGCAGCAAGAAGCUGGCCAAGGGCCAGGCAGCACAAGCUGCCUUACAGGCCCUCUUCGACAUCCAGCUGCCUGGCCACACACCCAGCAGAAGUAAAAGCAACCUCUUGCCACAGGAUUUUGCAGACUCUGUGUCCCAGCUGGUCACACAGAAGUUCCGUGAACUGACAGUCGGCCUGACAUCUGUAUAUGCCCGCCACAAAACACUGGCAGGAAUCGUCAUGACAAAAGGUAAUUACCUUUCUUUUCCUAUGGGAAUUUUUGUCUCCAUAAAAAGAAAUGUUAUUAUUAACCUGGUCCUAGCAGACAAAGGAUGCUUCCUACCACAUGGAGAUGGACAAAGGAAGACAAUGUAGAAUACAAAGGUAUUAGUGGCCACCUGUUACUACCAGAACAACCCCACUGGCAAUAUUGUGAAAACUUUUGAUACUUCUCUUGAUUCCCAUGAAUUCCAUAAGAUGAUUAUGCAUGCCCUUACUUUCAAGAAUGGUGCCAGUAUUUGUAAAAGCUGGAAUCAGACACCAGGCUACCACAUAAGUCACUUGAAGCUGAUAGAUAAGGAGGUGCCUGAUUCUCUGUCCCCUCUAAGGUGCCUAAGACUGCUGACUGGUGAUAUCACUUACACAGAACAGAAGGAUGGAGCCAGUGUGUACAAGAGAAGUCAGGUGUGGAGGUGGACCGUCCAAGGGAUGCUGGCUGUCAAAGUACCUUCUUCUCUCACCACGGACUACUGUCAGGGGGCCCUUUUCAGUGUACACUCUG